AUGUCCAAGAUGCCGGCCAAGAAGAAGAGCUGCUUCCAGAUCACCAGCGUGACCACGGCCCAGGUGGCCAGCAGCAUCACCGAGGACACGGAGAGCCUGGACGACCCGGACGAGUCCCGCACCGAGGACGUCUCCUCCGAGAUCUUCGACGUGUCCCGCGCCACCGACUACGGGCCCGAGGACGUCUGCGAGCGCAGCUCCUCCGAGGAGACGCUCAACAACGUGGCCGACGCCGAGACGCCCGGGACGGUCUCGCCCAACCUGCUGCUGGACGGGCAAGUGGCCGCCGCCGCCGCCGCGGCCUCUGGGGGUAUGCAGUCGCUGCCGGGCGCCGGUCCGGCAGCCAACGGAGGAGCCGUCCCCAGGAGCGCCGCGGUGCCCCCAGCGGCUGCCGCCCAAGCCGCCUCGGCGGCGGCAGGAGGCAGCGGCGCGCCGGCUUUCGCCAGCCCCGGAGCCGUGCCUCUGACGGCCGCCGCCGCCUGCAGCUCCCGCUUUAGGGUGAUCAAGUUGGACCACGGUAGUGGAGAGCCCUACAGACGGGGGCGAUGGACGUGUAUGGAAUACUAUGACCGGGACUCGGAUGGCGGGGCCGUUUUAGCCCGGACUGGGGAUUGCAUUAGGCACAACAGUACGUUUGAACAGGCGGUUCAAGAUAGAGACAGUGGCUUGGGCGCAACCGGGGGCUCGUUGAUAGCCUCGGGAGUGGCCGCGUCGUCGGCACAUGGCCCCGACUCCCUGGCUGACAGCUCUCUUGCUGCUGUGUCACAGCUACUCCAGCCAGAGAAAAUAAACCAGCCCUCUCCGCAGCAGCCUAAUUUUGUCAUUGGGCAGCAGCCCAUAGGCGGGGCUGCGCCUCAUGGUAGUGCUCAGCCGAUGUAUUUGGGGGCUCCAGCGGCCAGCCAGCAAAUGAUGGGGCCUCCGCUGCAGCAGAGCAUGGGGCAAGCAGCGCCCAACGGGAAAGGCAUGCCACCUUCGAAUGUAGCAAUAGUCCAGACGAGUUUGCCCAUGCCGCAGCAGCAGGUACAGCAAGCGAAUGUACCAGUGGCUCAGACACAGCAAUUUGCUUAUCCUCAGUCACAGAUUCAACCAGUGCAUCUGGUGCCAGCUCAGACGCCUGGCCAACCAGAAUACAUUCAACAUAUGACAGUCAUUCAGUCUCAAGGAACUACUCAGCAGGCUGCUUCAGGCUCCAUUCCGAGCACUGGAGCACCCAGUCUUCCAGCAGCACAAGUAGCUGGUCAGAAUCCCUCACCUCUAGGAGUGUCAGUGAUGGGAGUUUCUUUGCAAGCUGGUGAAACGGUAGGACAGGGAUCCGGGCUAAUGCAGAGCUGCCUGACAACCCCAAUUCAGACUGUCAUUCCACAGCAAGGAGGUGUGGUGCAGCCAAGCAUUGGGCAUACAGGCGUUGUGCAACAGAAAUCCAUGACUCAGCAGCAAAUGGGUGGAAGCAAUCAAGUGUCUGGUGCUCCUCACAGCAUAGUCUCUGGAGUUCAGAAUAUGCCUGCAGCUGUGCCGGGUACUAGUGUGCCUAGUGUGUCUACAACUUCUGUUACUAUGCCAAAUGUCCCUGUUACUUUAGUCCAGUCCCAGCUGACCAGCCAUACAUCCGUCAGUAGGAGUUCCAGUGUUGUCCAGCAGCACAUCAGCCUCCCUCUGAUCCAAGGCAUGACCAAUAUACCUACAAACCUGCCACAAUCUAACAUUGGACAAUUUCAGACUCAACCUUUAGGCCAGAUUGAUGAUACUAGAAGAAAAUCUGAACCCCUACCUCAACCACCACUUUCUCUCAUUGCUGAAAACAAACCUCUGGUGAAGCCACCUAUUCCGGACACUUUAACAAACCCUCUUAACUUACCUGCAACUACUCCUAUGAACAGUCUUGCCAGCUCUGUCUUUGGCAUAUCUAUUCCUGUUGAUGGUGAUGAAGACAGUGCAUCCGGUGCGAGUGUUGUAGCCAUUGACAACAAAAUAGAACAGGCAAUGGAUUUGGUGAAAAGCCAUUUGAUGUACGCAGUCAGAGAAGAAGUGGAAGUACUGAAGGAACAAAUAAAAGAAUUAGUCGAAAGAAACUCUUUACUUGAACGAGAAAAUGCACUGUUAAAAUCUCUCUCAAACAAUGAUCAGUUAUCCCAACUCUCAACCCAACAGGCCAACCCUAGUAGCACUUCUCAACAGCAGACAGUGAUAGCACAGCCUCCGCAGCCAACACAACCUCCGCAGCAGCCGAAUGUCUCCUCAGCGUAAAAGCUCUCUUGCCUCAAAACUGAAAGCAAUCUUGUCCUUGUGUGCCACUGGUGUUUUCUUUCCACUUUAUAUGAAAGCAAGUAGCCAUGCUUCAGUUGUGUGUUUUGGCCUUUUCAGUAUUAGACAAUCAUUCUACAAGAUCUUUUCCCUCGCUGAGAUGUCACACUGCACA